GGCGGGGCGGGGCGUGGUGCGGCGCUGAGCGCGGCGCAGGGCGAGCGGCGGCAGUGCGCGGUGUCGCUUCUGCCGUCUCCGCCGCCCCGGCCCGCCGCCGCCCCGGCAUGAGGAAACGCAACGAGUCGGUCACGGUGGAGCAUGAGCGUGCCGCCGCCGCUCCCGCGCCCCUUGACAAGGGCUGCAGCCUGAGGCACAGCCUGCGCCUGCCCGCCGCCGCCGCCGCCGACGUCGACGCGGGCAUGAAGCGACCGCUGGGCAGGCGAUAUGGAUUAUGGUUUCGAUUGCGGAAGUUAAUAAUCUGGUUGCUGGGAGUGUACAUAGCGAUUCCAUUUCUAGUAAAACUUUGCCCUGCUAUUCAGGCAAAGCUGGUCUUCCUAAACUUUGUGAGGGUCCCAUAUUUCAUUGACUUGAAAAGACCACAGGAUCAAGGGUUAAACCACACCUGUAAUUAUUACCUGCAGCCAGAGGAGGAUGUAACCAUCGGAGUCUGGCACACGGUCCCUGCAGCUUUAUGGAAGAAUGCCCGAGGGAAGGACCAGUUGUGGUUUGAAGAUGCUUUGGGUUCCAGCCACCCUGUAAUCCUUUACUUGCAUGGCAAUGCGGGAACAAGAGGAGGGGAUCACCGUGUGGAGCUUUACAAGGUUCUCAGCUCCCUUGGGUACCACGUGGUCACGUUUGAUUAUCGAGGCUGGGGUGAUUCAAUAGGCAGCCCAUCAGAGAGGGGAAUGACCUACGACGCCCUUCAUGUCUUCGACUGGAUAAAAGCAAGAAGCGGAGACAACCCUGUCUAUAUAUGGGGUCACUCCUUGGGCACGGGGGUCGCAACAAAUCUAGUGAGGCGCCUUUGUGAGAGAGAAACGCCUCCAGAUGCCCUGAUACUGGAAUCUCCAUUCACCAACAUACGGGAGGAGGCACGAAGUCACCCCUUUUCUGUGAUAUACAGAUACUUCCCUGGCUUUGACUGGUUCUUCCUUGACCCCAUCACGACAAGUGGAAUUAAAUUUGCAAACGAUGAGAAUGUGAAAUACAUUUCCUGCUCCCUGCUCAUCCUUCAUGCUGAGGAUGACCCGGUAGUACCGUUUCAUCUGGGAAAGAAGCUUUACAACAUCGCUGCGACAUCACGGAGUUUCCGAGACUACAAGGUGCAGUUUGUUCCGUUCCACACAGACCUUGGCUACCGGCACAAGUACAUCUACAGGAGUCCAGAGCUACCUCGAAUACUGCGGGAAUUCCUGGGAAAAUCUGAACAUGAGCAUCAUCACUGAAGACUGGCUGCUUGGCAGCACAGAGCUCCUGGCAUCAGCAUCUGCGAUGGUAGAAGAAAGAAGUUGUUGGCUUCUUUUUUGACAUGGAUGGAGGGGUGAUAACGGCCCAGGAGCCAGUACCAAACCAUGAAAAAUGUAAGCACAACAAAGCCUGGCCAAUCCAGCGUGGUACCACUGAGGACAGACAUUCCUAGGACACGUGUGUCAUGACCAAGGGUGUUUCUUUCACUUCUAAACACUGCUGCUGUUUUUGGAUCACAUAGAGACUCAUUUGUAGGCGAAUGGCUUUUGCCGUGUCUCCAUGCCACAGUUGUCUUGCUUGAGUUUGAGGUGUUCUCUUUCUAGGAAAUACAUGUUUUGCCUUUCCUUUUCGCUAAGUGGCUGUAAUUACAAACACACAGAAGGUCCAGGUGGUGAGAGAUAUUUUUAUUUAGCUCUUCAGUCACAAUGUGUUGCAAGUGUUGGGCUAAUUGCACACAUUUGGAAAUAAAAUGAAAGAUUUUUUUUGUUCUUCCUUUUCAAACAUCUAUUUAAUGGAAAAGGUCAGUGCCCUUUUAUCUUUUCUGUACCCUUUUCCUUCUCAACAUCAUUUCUGCUCCCAUCCCUGCUAUCCUCUGUGGAGCUCCUCCCCUUCUUCACAUGCACUUCCUAUUAGGACUGAAGUGACUUAUGUAGAUAAAUUGCAAACUUAGGAGUUUAAGCUGGAAACUGUGAGAUUACUUUUUGGCUUGAUCUCCCCCUUCCAUGAACAAUGUGGGCCCAGGAUGUGGGAAUGGAUGUCUUCCAUUCUCCCUGUACACACCCAGACAGACAUGUGCUUCCUUUGGGUGGGAAGGGCAGGGUUUUUUCCUCAACUACCUUUUAACUCCUUAGGUCAGGUUUUCCUGUUCCUGGUGGCUACACUGUUCCUCUGUAGUUAAAGCAGGCAGUGGUAUGCAGUUCUUGAUGCAAAAAUAACAGUCUGGGGUGUCCCUCCCCAUCUCUCCCUCCACCUCCCUUCUGGGCUUCCCAGGCACUUCCAGUAGCACUUCUCAGCCCAUCUCACAGCCAUGGUUGGAGCACGUUGUCCAGGAGGCAGAAGUGGGAAUGAGCCUCUCCCAUGGGGAGAGGUUCUGGGGAUGUCCUUGCCCUGCUUGGGGCUAGAACAGGGGCUGGUUUAUGCCACCGAUGAGCUCUGCACCGAGACAGAAGAGGGUCAUGUGCUGACUCUGUAGUGUCUGGCUGGGGACCUGGCCCUGCCCCCCAUCAAUCUAUAUAGAGAAUACCAGGUGCUGUAGGUUUAGUCACUAGUGCUCAGAGUGAAUUGUGCUGCCUGAAGGGUCUGUUCAGGGGUGUACAGCGUAGUAUAAACUGCUCAGCAUGCAUCCAAGUUAUAUCUGCAGGCUCAUACUAGUUGCAAAGCAGACAGUAGCUUGUUCUUGUACUGAGAUUCUUCUGCCAUAGCGUGGUUGUCCCUGAGGUUUCUGACCCAUGAUACUCAUAAGCUAACUGUGCCACUUAAAUUAUGUUUGAUGCACUUGUAUUUAUUGCACUGACAGAAGAGAAACACUUACUUGGCUCUGGAGAGUGAUGUGCACAUUCCAGCUAAUGCUGCUGGCAGCUGGCUUGGGGCAAAGCACAGCCUGAGCCAGAGGCUGGCUGGCUGCCUUCCUCCCGUGUGACAGAGCUGAGGGUCCAGCAUGUGAACUGCUGGUGUUGGUGAUCCCAGCACCAUCAUUCCCGUUAGUAGGCCAGUGAUGUGCUUGGAAAUUUAAACUGAAAUGUUUAUCUAAAAGUGGUGUAGUUUUAAUAAAGGCAUUGACUGCUGAUCACUUCAGCUUCA